UCGAGCCGCACUGAUCACCCAACAUCUCACGCAGACGCACGCUCACCGGUCCUUAACCUGUAACUUCAUCAGCAUGGAGGACAUCAUUUUUGACUUUGACAACGGUACAUACAACAACUCGGAGGAGUCUGGAGACUUUGAGCUGGACUACCAGGAGGCGUGUGACACAGCGCUGAGCGCCGACUUCAACAAGAUCUUCCUUCCAACGGUGUACGGAAUAAUCUUCAUUCUGGGAGCAAUUGGAAAUGGAUUAGUUGUGGUAGUCAUGGGCUAUCAGAAAAAGGUGAAAACAAUGACGGACAAGUACCGGCUCCAUCUGUCUGUGGCUGACCUCUUGUUCGUCUUCACGCUGCCCUUCUGGGCCGUGGACGCGGCCAAAACCUGGUACUUUGGAAGCUUCCUCUGCGUGUCUGUGCACGUGAUCUACACGGUCAACUUGUACAGCAGCGUGUUGAUCCUCGCCUUCAUCAGUCUAGACAGAUACUUGGCAGUUGUUCGAGCCACAAACAGCCAAACCACAAGGAAGCUGCUCGCGAGCAGAGUGAUCUAUGUGGGUGUGUGGCUGCCUGCCAUCAUACUGACCGUCCCCGACCUGGUGUUUGCCCGGGUUCAGAAUGCGGGCUCUUCAAAUUUCUUCCUGACAGACGAAGGUGAAGACACGGCGUACUCCAGGACUAUCUGCGAGCGCAUCUACCCGGAGGCAACCAGUCUCAUAUGGACAGUCGUGUUCCGCUUCUGGCACAUCCUGGUGGGCUUCAUCCUGCCUGGCCUCGUCAUCCUCGUCUGCUACUGCAUCAUCAUCGCCAAGCUGUCCCAAGGCACCAAGGGCCAGGCGCUGAAAAAGAAAGCGCUGAAGACCACGGUCAUCCUCAUCCUGUGCUUUUUCACCUGCUGGCUGCCCUACUGCGUGGGUAUCUUCCUGGACACCCUCAUCAUGCUGAACGUGGUCCCGUCAUCUUGCGCGCUGCAGCAGGCGGUGGAGAAGUGGAUUUCAAUCACCGAGGCUCUGGCUUACUUCCACUGCUGCCUAAACCCCAUCCUCUACGCUUUCCUGGGAGUUAAGUUUAAGAAGUCAGCCAGGAGUGCGCUGACAGUCAACAGCAGAUCAAGUCAGAAAGUGACUCUCAUGACAAAAAAGCGAGGGCACAUUUCUUCUGUGUCAACCGAGUCAGAGUCUUCGAGUGUGCUGGCCAGUUAACUAAUGGCCAACUUCACAGUCUGUGACUUCAUCCACUCAGGAGAGAGAAAAAAAGCUAAGCUUUAAUUUCAAAGAACUUACUACAUUUUGUACAGAUGUAAAAGAAGAGCAUUUUUUUAAAACACAUUUGGAGUUGUUUGCCUUGAUUACUGCAAUUAUACGUGUUGUGAGGGAUUUCAUUGUAUUUUUGCCACUUUUUGUUUGCCUCAAUGCAGUCUGUGUCCUCAGGCAGUGCCUCAUUUCUAUUCAUUCCUCCCAACAAUCAAGAUCCAUUAUCCCUGUUUUCAUCUUUACGAUAGGUGAAGCUAUAUCAAAGCUCAGGCAUACAAUACCCUUUUUGUGUUUGCAGGAAUGGUAGCGUCUUUUGUAAAUAGUUUCGUAGCAUUUUUGUGUUUGCAUUUGUGUUGUGUGAUUACCUAAAAACUAUUUAUUGCUGUCAUCCACACUGGAAGUCUGUAAAGAAAAACUGCGAGCUGCUUGUGUUUUGUUGUUUCUUUUUUUAAUUCUGAAUAUUUUUUGUAAAAAAUAAAACUUUUCAGUUCUUCUCAUGAAA